UUUGGGGUGUAAAUAAAAUUUCCCAUAAAAAAAAUAAAAAAAACUAAAAAAAAAGUAAGAAAUUACGAAAUUGUCCUCAAAGGAGAGAGAAGUAACUGUUCUCACUGUACGAAUUGUAUGGAGCCGUUUCUCUCAAGUGAGUCCGUUACGGCUUAGAACCGCAGAGGCAAACGUCGUCUCUUUCUCUCUCUUUCUUUCAUACUUUCUCUCUCUAAAACUCUGCAAAUUCGAACUUGAAACGUUUAGGGCUUUAGAAGAAGAAGAAGAAGAAGAAGAAGACCCCAAAACUAAGUUGAAGAACCACCAAAACGACGCCGUUCUGACAAUCUAUACCCUGAGAACCACUCAAACCAGAUUUUUUUUUUCUAGGGUUUUUCUUUGAAGUAAAAGCUUUCAUGUCUUAUGAAUGGAGAUUGCCUCUAGUUUCUCUCAACCCUUUUUUGUAGCUCUACUCUUCACUGUUAUCGCCAUCCUCACCGUCCGAUCGUUCUCCAAACGAGUUGAAUCCAACGGCGGAGAAGGAAGUUUGAGGAAAACGACGAAAAAGGAGAAGAAGCUCUGUAACUGUUGCUGUUGUUGUGAUAAAGGGAGUUCGGAGUCCGAAACGGCGCCGUAUUUGAAUGGUGGUGGUAAGGAGAUGUUGGAGAAUGGAAAGACUGGGGCUUCGAUGAUGGAGCAAUUGGUUCCGGAGAUUACAACGCAUGCACUUAGCUAUUUGGAUUACCCUAGCCUUUGUCGUCUUUCGAUGACUAAUUCUUUGAUGAGGAAAGCUGCUAACGAUGAUAAUGCCUGGAAGGCUCUUUAUCACAAGGAUUUUACAUUGGAACAGGAUACUAUUACACCAGUGAAUGGGUGGAAAGCUUACUAUGCUGCAACCAGAGCAAUUGUGAAUAUAAACAAUGAUUUCUUUAGCAUCAUUAGAGAAAGGUCUCUCACUGCAAUGAGAUGUUUUUGGAUGAAUGCAGAUUAUGUGAAAUGUGUUCAUGCCUCGGGAGAGCUCUUUUCAGGGUAUACUGCUGUGAUACAAAGUUGGGAGUUUGCGUUUAAUUGGGAUCAAGGAGUCAACUUUCAGAUUAGGGAUGUUCGAGCUCGAGUACUUACAGACAUGGCUUGGGUUACCAUGAAAAUGUUCGUCGAUGUGGACACUGGCCCUUUUAAUGUGACUAAUGUCUUCGAGUUCCAUAACGGAAGAUGGUAUAUGGUGCAUCAUCACAGCUCUGUAAUGGAAGGAGAAUUGGAGCAAGAAAUUCUCCAUGGGUAAUCAAAUCAAAUCAAGUAAAGAAUAAUUCAUAACAAUGAUAUACUUAAUACUAGUUACCAAAAAAAGAUCAGUGGCACUUAUUUGCAAGAGCAAAUUUCUUGAAUUCACUAUCAUUUUUCUUGCAGAUCGUCUUUAAUCUUUUUCUCCAACCCUAGUUUUUUUUUUCAUCUUUUUUUGGUAGUAGUAUGGUCAAGAGGUCAUUUUAUUUCAUUUUUCUUUUUAAUUGACUCAUAUUUUCAACCAUUCUUUCUGGAAUUAAUGCCUCAAAUAUACACACCUUCCUUACCUUGGUUUUCUCUAAGGUUUUAGGGCUUUUAGAGUUUUGAGAGAACCAUUAUGGUUUUGAAGAUUAUGGGAUUUUCUGGGAAAGUGUGGAUUUUAAGUUGAGUUGUUCUGGAAAUGUGAGUAGAUUAAUUGUAAAGGGAAAAAAUUGUAAAAAAGAAAAGAAAAGAAAAAGUUAUGUUAGUGAA